AUGGCUGGACAGGAUCUACAGAAGGAUCUCAUCGAUGCCAUGGUCUCUCUGCUGCUACGACACAUAAAGCAGGAACUACACAGCACUGAGACGACAUAUUAUGCCAUUUUGGCUGAUGAGUGCUUAGACCAGUCCAAGCGCCAACUCGUGGCAACGUGUCUCAGAUAUUUAUGCAGGGCAUCUAUCCGAGAAAGAGUCGGCGGCUUCGUGGAGACCGGUGACACGUCAGCAGAAGGGAUCGCUUUGAAAAUCCUGCAGAUCUUGGAACCUAUUGAAUUGGAUCCUGGUUGUAGCACCACAUCCAAUGACUUGGUGUACAUCAUCGAUGGCUCGUCAAGUCUUGGCAUUGCUGACUUCAACACAGCCAAGCGCUGGCUCAUCAACAUCACCAGUGGCUUUGACGUGAGCUCCCAACACACUCAGGUGGCUGUGGUUCAGUACAGCGAUACGCCACGGCUGGAGAUCCCGCUUGGGAAGCACCAGGACACUCAGACCCUUCUGAGGGACAUCGCUGCAAUCUCUUACCUUGGUGGGAAAACCCAGACAGGCCGCGCCAUUAAAUUCGCCACUGACCAUGUGUUCUCAGCUAUAAACCACACCACAAAGACUACCAGGAAUCGCAUUGCUGUGGUUCUGACGGACGGUCGAUCUCAAGACGAUGUGGUGGAUCCAGCAAUGGAGGCCAAAGCACAGAACAUUGUCCUGUUUGCUGUGGGUGUAGGAGAUGAUAUCACCAAUGCUGAACUGGUAUCUAUGGCCAACAAACCUGCUUCCACUUAUGUGCUGCAUGCAGAGGACUACACCUCCAUUGGGAAUAUAAAGGAUGUGAUGGAGCAGAAACUUUGUGAGGAGUCGGUGUGUCAUUUGAGGAUCCCUGGUACCGUCAAUGGACAGAAAGGAUUUGACCUUAUGAGCAUGAUGGGGAUUGAGGUGGUAGCUAAAAAGGUCCAGGGAUCUCUCAUAUCGGAAGCUGCUUACCUCCUGAACCCUCGCUUGAACCUUUCACGCAGCACCAGAGAGAUCUUUCCAGAAGGCCUGCCUCCUUCGUAUGUGUUUGUGGCCACUUUGCGGGUGAAGAGCCCAGUUCACCGCAUGAAGUUUGACCUCUGGAGAGUGUUGUCUGAAGAAGGUGUCAGGCAAGUCGCGGUGACCUUAAAUGGCCUAGACAAGUCAGUCACCUUUACCAGUACCAGCACAAUGAAGAAAGAGCAGACUGUCAUAUUUAAUGACCGAGGCAUUAAGAGGCUUUUUGACACAGACUGGCACCAGCUGAAGUUGCUGGUGAGGCCCAAACGUGUCACUUGUUUUGUAGAUGACAUAUACGUCGAGGAGCAGCUUUUGGAUGGAGCUGUCCCCAUCUACAUCAAUGGGAUGACACAAGUGGCUAAAAAAGUCAACAUAGAAACCACUGUUCCAAUCGACUUGCAAAAGCUGCGGCUCUACUGUGAUCCUCUGCAGAGCGAGCGAGAGACAGCAUGCGAGAUCUUCUCGGUGAAGGAUGACAGGUGUCUUACCGAUCGAUCUCGUCCUGUGGAGGGCUGUGAUUGCCCCAGUGGUAAACCUGGCCCACCAGGCCUACCUGGACCCAUGGGCUUCAGGGGAGAGAAAGGUCGAGAGGGACCUCCUGGGCCGGACGGAAAACCUGGAAAACUUGGAGAGAGGGGUCCACCCGGUCAGCCUGGAAGAGACGCUGAGAAAGGCGAAGCAGGCCAACCAGGACAAAAGGGGGAGAGAGGACUGGCUGGUCCCAAAGGUGAUAUGGGAAUCCAAGGGCCACCAGGGCGGCCAGGCCCUCCAGGACCAACAGGCCCGGGACUCUCAAAAUGGAAAGAUUAUGGAGUAGAAGAAAGCAAGGGAAUCACAUUCCAGGCAGGAGAAGCAGGACCCACAGGGAAACCUGGACCACAGGGGGAGCCAGGGAUACCUGGAAAUGAUGGACUUCCAGGACAAGUUGGACAGAAGGGUGAAAAGGGGGAUGCUGGUGAACCUGGAGCUGACGGACAGAACGGUAUUCCGGGCAUGAGAGGUCUUCCAGGUGAAACGGGACCUGCUGGACCCCAGGGUGAACGAGGCUUUCCGGGAACACCGGGUUCAGUGGGAACAAAAGGACCUCAGGGCUCUCUAGGCCCAAUGGGACCACCAGGUCCGGAAGGCCCGGUCGGUCCAAAGGGGAACUCUGGGCCUCGAGGACAGGACGGCGUCCCUGGUGCCCCUGGAACUAAGGGGUCACAGGGUGAUCCUGGAGUUCAAGGGCCUCAAGGCGUCAUGGGUCUACCAGGUUUAAAAGGCCAUAAGGGGGAAUCAGGAGAUCCUGGUCCAAAAGGAAGUCAGGGGAUGAGAGGAAGCGAAGGAUCACCGGGGCUUCCAGGAAAACCUGGCGAGCCGGGCCUCAGAGGUGGUAAAGGAGAGCGAGGUGCAGACGGAGAUCCGGGAAUCAGAGGGGUCGAUGGGAAAAAGGGAGAAAUUGGUCCAAUUGGACCAGCAGGACCUCGAGGAUCUCGAGGAAACGAUGGGUUGCCAGGGCAACCAGGUAUCCCAGGUUACCCAGGAAAACCAGGUAAGCCGCCUUCCGAAGAACAACUGAUGAAGAUCUGUGGCUCGGUGUUACAGAAUCAACUGCCACAGCUCCUUCAGGCGAUGUCCCUCAGAAGCUGCCAACCAUGUGAGACAAUUAAAGGACCCCCAGGUGAUCCAGGGCCCCCAGGACCCCAAGGCACAGCUGGAGAGCCAGGCUAUCCUGGUAGACCUGGAGCACAGGGAUACCCAGGACAACCUGGAGCGAUGGGGCCAGUCGGUCCAAAAGGACAAACUGGACCAAUGGGAAUGAAAGGUGCCAAAGGAGAAAGUCACACUGGGCUCCCAGGACCUCCAGGUCCAACAGGUUUGCAAGGUCCUCGUGGACUGGAUGGAGAGGGAUAUCAAGGACCCCCGGGGUCUACGGGGAAGCCGGGUUCGCCUGGUAUCCCUGGGAAACGAGGUCCUCCCGGGACCACCGGUGUUUGCGACCCAUCCUCCUGUUAUAUGGGUUAUGUCAGCCAGCAGGGUCACUUCAACAAAGGACCCGGCUUUUAGCGAACUACCUUGAUCCACAUUUCGUAAUGACUUUUUAGGGCCUAAACUGUCUGAGGUGAUGUUUGUGUAUUGGCCUGUGUUUGAUUUGUAUUCCCUAACCUCUGAUAUUAACCUCAGCCCAAAUCCAGGGCUCGGAGUUUGAACGUGGCAGUUUUUACUUGAUAUUGUUUGUUUACUACGUUUGGUUUCGAAGCUAGAAUAACAAUCAUGUAACGUAGCAGUGUGAAAGAUUAGAGUUUGCUUUGUAGAAUAGAGUGAAACGUUCAUCUGGAAAACGAAGCCUAGUACAACCAAACUUUGCUGAGUAAGAAAAGAUCAUUGCGUUUUGAGUCACCCGUUCGCAGAAGACAUUGAAACCACACUUCUUUCAGUCCCAUGUUGGUGCUCGCUUUUGUGAAUUGCAUUUAAUUGUAAAUAGACACAGGUGUUGCACUGCCUUUUGAAAUACUACCUCUGUAUUCGACACGGAGUGGUCCGACAGCUAGACAAUAUUUUGUUAUAAAAGCGUUGGCUGAUAUCUCAGGCUGCUCAGGAUGUCUCAUGUUUUUGGGUUUGUUUGUUUUUUCUUUUUAAAAAUCUCAUUCUGUGUGUGUUGGAUCACGUCCAGGUUUUGUGUGUGUGUGUGUGUGUGUGUGUGUGUGUGUGUGUGUGUGUGUGUGUGUGUGUGUGUG